UGGUGUUGCUUUUGCUGGUUUGUUGCGCGCAAGAACUCGCUAGGGUUUCGAGCUCCCAUGAUCGUCCCUCCGCGGAGCGUCCAAUGCAGGUAGAGACCGCCGAUCUUCUUUCUCUCCUCCGCCGCGAGGGCAAGGCGUGCCAGGAGAGCUAUGGGAUUUUCCCGUGCUCCGAAAAGCUGGGAGGCAGCGUCUUCUUGCUCAUCGUCUACAGCUACGCGUUCGUCAAGGCCGCGCAGCUCCUCCUCAAUGGCAGCGAGCUGCUGCUGGAGAUCGCGCAUCCGGGGAUCGUCGGUGGCCUUUGCCUCCCAAUCAUUUGUACCAUUCCAGACGCAGCGGUGAUUCUCGUUUCUGGGAUCUUUGGAGACAAGGAAACGGCCCAGUCCCAGGUGAUGAUCGGCAUGGGUGUUCUAGCGGGUUCUACUGUUCUUCUGCUUACAAUGCUCUGGGGGACUGCGCUGAUCGUCGGGCGCUGCGAUCUCUACGAGAUAAAUGGUCACAAGUACGCGAGAGAGAAAACUCUCACCAAAGGAUUCCAUCUCACUGAGACUGGAGUCACUCUGACGAAACAGACAACUUACGUAGCGUGGAUAUUAGUCUUGAGUGUAUUACCAUGCAUCGUCGUCCAGCUUCCGCAAAUUCUCGGGGCGCCUGCGCUGAGUAGAGUUUUUGUGAUCAUUGGCAGCGUCAUGGCUUUUCUCGGCUUCGUAGCGUACUGCGUGUACCAGGUGAUGACUCCAUGGAUCCAACAAGUAAUGGUAGACUGGCACAGGCAUCGCUACAGAAGAUCUCAUGCUCUACACCGAGCUCACAUUUAUUCUCGUCAGAAACGGUGGGGAGAUCUUUUGCUGAACGGGGAGAAGUUACUGAAUUACGAAGUCCUUCGAAGGCUGUUUCAUUUCUUCGACCAGAACGGUGACGGGCUCCUUUCAGAGAGGGAGCUGAAAAACUUUAUAAAAACCAUUGGCCUGACUCAUGACAGCAAUAUCCCCGAAGGACUGGAAGCGAAGAUCUGGAUGGAAGAGUUUGAUCACGAGAGGGACGGCAAGCUUUCCUUGGUCGAGUUUGAAGAAGGGAUGGCAAACUGGCUCAACAGUUCCAAGCUCGGACUCGAGUUUGUGAAGCAUCGUUCCUUUAAGGGGGAUCGUACCACCUCUGGACACUGGGCAGAGAUUGCAAAGGAAGCUCAGUCCUCUUUAUAUGCUCUUUUAGAGGACGAAGAAGUUCACGCUCUCGAAGAUACUGAAGAUCCCAAUGGUGUUACUACUACUAUACAAGAAGUGGACGUCGUGGAGGAACCACCGCCGAGUACUCUCGGAGGAAUCCUAGUGACAGCCACGGCGUGCUUGCUGGGAGGGAUGGCACUGGCGUGCAUCUUUGCUGCUCCUCUGGUGGACACCAUCGACGAUUUCUCCAGAGCCUCUCACAUCCCGGCCUUCUUCGUCUCCUUCGUGGUGACACCGAUCGCGACGAGCUCCAGCGAGGUGAUCUCUUCCAUCACUUUUGCUUCGAAGAAGCAGAAGCGUGGAAUCUCGGUAACUUACUCUCAGCUCUAUGGCUCCGUUGUGCUCAAUAACACGCUUUGCUUGGGGCUGUUCCUGGCGAUCGUGGCUGCUCGAGGCCUGGUGUGGGAUUUCUCGGCGGAAGUUUUGAUCAUGGCUCUAGCAACCAUGGCGAUGGGAUGCGUGGGUGGGCUUUUCACGACGAUUCCACUCUUCAUGGCGUUUGGAGCGUUUCUUCUCUAUCCACUGUCGCUUGGUUUAGUCGUGCUUCUCAACCAGUUCCUGGGAUGGCACUAGACUACAUGCGAGCUUUAUAAAAAUCUAACGGUCGGCAGGAGUCUAUAAACGUGUUUUGGGCCCAGAUCCGACGGCUGGGAGGGCUCGGGGAUCGAACGACAGAGCUUUCGUUGCC